AUGUUACCUCGCUCUGAUGAUGUCCAUCAUAUGACGGACGUAAACUUAGCACGUUUUCACCGGAAUCGAAGGAGAUUGCCUCGGAAGCAGCGUAAGCAUGAAUCUUCCAGUAAAGCCAAUCAACAGCUGGUGAAGAUGAAUCGGCCGUCGUCUUCUGGUGGAACCGACCUUCGAAUCUCUUCACCCAAGAGUUUCACACGAAGUGGAAGUGUGACUCCACCGAUGAACUUGAUUGAAUUCGGUCAGCUGUAUCCCAACUCGACUCGUCGUUUUGACUCGAACAUAUAUUCCGGCUCUUCUCCAAAGACGCUUCGUUACCUAUUGUACGUGGCGCCAGGAGCCGUUCUUUCAGAUGCGGUUGCUUUCUCUUUUCCUGUAUAUGAAUGUCACUCUCUUUGCUCGUGCCAUCAAUCCUCAUUUUAUCCAGUUCCCAGCAUCCAACGCCCCUUGGCCUGUUCCAACCGUUUAGUUGGCCUCCUUCUAGAGGCCUUGAAACUUGAGGACAAGUAUUUUCCCUCGACUGACAAUGCUGUUAACCAAGCUUCAUAUUUACUUCUCUCUCCUGAGAUGCCCAAUCCUGUAGUGAAUUCCCGGUCUCGCUCUCAUUCAGGACCGAAUUACCUCGAUUUCGUCCACUUCCAGCUCGAGACUUUUGAUACCUGUCUGCCCAGAAAGGGCCUUGGUGUUCGUUGCCGUCGUACCAUUCAGAAGGGCGAAUUGGUCACCAUCUAUCUUGGCGAGGUGGUACCACUGGCCGUCGCUCGGUGGCGCAACCGUAAGCAGCUAAGUCGCCUUGGACACACCUACGGUAAGCCAUGGCAUUAG